GUCGCGUCGUGACGUGAUUUUCGUUCUCGGGACACGCGCGUGUGUGUAAUUUAGCGGAUCGUCGCGGAUCCGAGCGCUUUCGUGAAACUGGCUGUGGGAAUCGCCCCAGGAGUUGCGGAUGUUUUCGAAAGGGGAUUAACAUUGGCCCGCCCUACUUGCUAGGUUGAUGCUGGUCGAGUACGGGAUCUAGCUGUGUCGGUCAUGUGCUAGGAAACGCGUGGAAUUUGAUAGGUCGUCUCUGAAAACCAAAAAAAAAACUCUAGUGGCAGGAAAAUUCAUUAGUGUUUACUCUCGGAAAGUUGCCGCUCGCAGUAUGUUUGAACCUGCUAGCUGCUCAAGGAUGUGGUAGUCGUUUCUGUGGGGUGGUUAGGUCUUGAAUAUUAGAAAAAGGGCAACCCAAUCGUGUGUCUCUGUUAGCGGUUGGUUCCCGGUCACCACGUAAUUCGAUUAGCACCCCUCAAGGGGAGCCGUGAACAUGAAAUGUUAUGAAUAAAGAUUUUUCCUUGAAUCCUGGGUGUUUGUGAAAAUUUCGGUUUUAUGGGAGAUCACGGUGCGUGUGCUGCUGAAAUUGAGCGGUGUAUUUAUGAUGGUUUUUUGUGCCCGCGGAAAGUAGAGUAGGCUAUUGUACUGUGUUGCCGCGGAAACUGCUGAAGUGAAAUGUCGAAAAGGGCAAAUUUUUACUCGAAUACGUGAAUGAAAAGAAAGGCAUAAAAUUCAAACCAUCAACUCCCGUCCCCGCGAGGCGAAAUGAUUCCCCAGCAACGACAGACGAAACCAACGAAUUGUGUCGACCAACUUCUCGGGUACUGAAUUUUCGAAUUAUUUCAGAGCCAAAUAUUUUUAGCUCGUUCUCCUUGGGGCGGUUGUUUUUCGCGAAGAUAAUUUACAUGCCAUUGGAAUGAAUAAGUAAAACCGAAAUAAAAAUGGUAAUAUCAUCAGCGUAAACAGAGCCAACAGUGCGAGUGGAUAUUGGCCUGUUAGCAGCCCUACAAGCUUUGAGGUGGAACUUACAAGCAUCAGAAGCGAAAUUGAAAACGACUCUUGCCCCUCGCAAUUCCUGUGUGGAGGAAACCGGCCAGCCGAAUCCGAGUCGGAUCGUGAGAAAUUGUGAAUGAGGAGCAAAGCUGUGUGCGGUCGUCCUCCAGGGUGAGAUAAAGUUUUACUUACCGUGUUACGCUCGGAAUUAGGAGUGUGACCUCUUUGCGUUCCAUUACGUAUUCCGAGAUCCAUUCCCCAUACCUCUCGCUCGGCGUGGAACGUGGUGUGCAGCGAGAGUGAUGAAAAUUGUUUUACGGUCAGUUCGCAAUUACCGCUACGAAGAAUAGAUCAAACCACCUUCGUUACCAGUGCUAAAGGAUAAAGGAUUAUACGGAACCGAAAGGUGUAUUUACAGGUGUGUAAGGAUGAUAAAUUGAGGAGUUUAUUAUUGGAUGUAAAUUCGAUAUCGUUCUUCACCGAAAGGUUAUGAUGAUGGUGGUGGUGGCCGUAUAAUGGCGAUGUUAUCGAUUUAGGCAGCUCAACAACGAGAAGUGAAGUGAAUCUGAAAAAGGCUUUCGCUCGGCACAGGAAGCUAACAGCAGUGGGGGAAAAGUUUUUUUUCUACCAAAUUUCUCGAAAGUGAAACCAUCCGUACCGGAAGGGAUUUGGCUGUCUGCUACACAGCCCGUAGCCGGUAUUUUCGGACACACGGACGUGAAUCCUCUCUUGGGACUGUUGCAAAACACACACAAAAAAAAUUAAGAACGAGAGUAAACAACAAUUCGAAGUCACUAGCUGGAACGAGCAGAGAAAGAUAAGCGCCGUUAGCCCUCCGAACAAUGGUGGAACCUACAGGAAUUGAAUCAGUCAGAAAUUGUGUGGUUUAAGAUUAAGUGAAUUGCCGGUAAUUCAUAAAUGUGCUUGUGUGUAUGUGUGUUUAUCAAAAUGUUCCAAAGGUCGUGCUGCUGCGUAUCGCGGUAAAACUUGGUUUGUGGUACCGAUUAAACCCAUUCGUGGUGCGGCCACACGCAAAGCUACUGGAAAGCAGAAACGUCGCAUAAAUCUGCACCGUCCUCGCUUUUCCCAGGUGUGCACGCGAAGGAAGGACCACCGACCGGUGGGAUUCAGAUCAAACCCUCUAACUGCCACCAUUCAAAGAAGGUACGCAUGGCCAGUCGUGACUAUUAUACCAGGAAUCAUGAAGGAGUUCUCGAAUACAUGAAAAAUAUUUCAUGAUAUUGUGAACUGUUUCAGGAGCGCACGAAUGCCAAAUCACAAAUGCAACGCCGUCGGCGGAAGCGGAAUUGAUUUUUUACGUUCACCGGGGCGCCACUAGAAUGCCACAUGUGACAACAUCGUCGUAAUUUUUCCGCUCUUCUUGCAUAUUGGUGGGGCCUGUACGAGCAGCAAAACAAACGAAAAAAGCGGGGAACUUACGCAUGCAGGACGUAUAUUUACGACCAGCACCCACCACCACCACCAUCGGCAUCGGCACAAUAAAGCGCGAAAUUUAUGAGUGUGAAUCCGUCGUUCGCUACUGUGGUGGUAGGAGGCAGCGGUAGUUUGGGGUGAAAAAUGGAAGUGAGGAAAAUUGCUCCCCGCAGGCAAAACACAGGUCCGCGUAUGUGAAUUGUGCCCAUAAAAAUAUGCACCCGUUGUAAAAUUAACAUCGAUUUAUUGGACGAACGAAAGAAUAACAAGUUCCCCAGUGAUACCGACGAGACAAAAAAAAGGGAAGCUAUUUGACCCGUUAAGCCAAACUAGAUUUUUUCUGUAAUAUCCCUGGUUUUUUUUUAUUGGCAGAAACUCAAAUUCCGGGUAGAUUUACGAGAUAAUCAAAGCGUGAACACAAGUGUGCGGGAUCAUUUUACCGGUGUAACUUGCUGUGCCAUAACGUGCAUUGGAGCGGAAUUGAGUGGACAAUCGCGAUGGGAAAAAUUCGAUCCGGGAACAAAGAGUUCCGCUAGUGCUGUGCGCCAAUUGGGAAUUGAGAGGGAAAAUUUGUGAAUCAGUUGAUAGCUUCCUCCGAAAUCGAUAUGUCCAAUUUAGCAUCGGGUUAUUGUUAGCCCUGAAACCAAUUUAAACUGGUCGCGCGAAAUAGUUGAAAAAAAAAUAAUCGGCCGAAAAAAAACUGUAGUGGCUGGAGAUUUUUUUUUGGUGAACAAACAACGUCCUCGUUGUCGGUGGCAUUUUGGGCCGGGUAGGGUGUGAUGGCCGAUCCACAUGACGGGGACCGGUAAUGUUGCCCAACCGCCGCCACUCGCUGUACAAUGCGGGCCCACGAUGGGCCAACAAUCACUAACGACCACCGGCAGAGCCACCAUCAUUCCAAGGCCCGGCCUGAUCGGGAUUUGGUAGUAGUAGCAGCAGCAGCAUCAGCGUCACAAGAAGAGACGGCAAUCGUGCAAAAAGAUCUAACGAGAAGUAGUCGUCGUCGUCGUCGUCGUCAUCGUUGCUGUAAUUGGAGUGUCUACUGUUGGCUGUUGACAAUCAUCCUCGUCGGCUGGCUGGUUCCGACCGACGCCGGACCGAGAUACAGCUCGCGGAUAGUGGAAACCAAAUCCGGGGCGAUUCGAGGCGUGAUUUUGGAACUGAACUCCAAGUACCUGGAACCGGUGGAGGUAUUCAAGGCGGUACCGUACGCUACACCUCCGAUAGGAAAUCUGCGAUUUGAGCCCCCGAAAAAGCUUCCGCCGUGGAAAGGGACCAAACUGGCGGAUACGUUCGGCGCCGUUUGUCCACAGAGCUUUCCGGACAUAAACAAUCGAACAUCGGCGCUUCUCUCAAUGCCAAAAGGGCGUUAUCAACACCUGAAACGACUACUUCCCCUACUAGCCAACCAGAGCGAAGAUUGUUUGACGCUGAACAUAUACGUUCCCGGUAGUGGAAGCCGCGGUCUCGAAGCACCCUACUCCAUAUUCUUCUACAUCCACGGCGAGUCGUACGACUGGGGUUCCGGCAAUCCCUACGACGGUUCCGUGCUGGCCAGCUACGGUCACGUGAUUGUUGUAACAGUCAAUUUUCGGUUAGGAAUUCUUGGUUUUCUCAAAACUCGUGCCUCAACAUCACCGGGUUCUGGUGGCAAUCUAGGUUUAAUGGACAUCAUACUCGCACUGCAGUGGGUGCGGGAUAAUAUUGCAGCUUUUGGCGGUGAUCCAAAGCGGAUUACCCUGGCGGGUCACGAUACCGGAGCAGCUCUCGCCAAUAUGGUGCUUAUCUCGAAGGCUGGAAAAGGUCUAAUCCACCGGGCGAUAUUGCUCAGCGGAUCUGCGCUUAGUCCGUGGGCACUGAUUCCGGAACCGGACGCAAUUCGGUUGGAAGUUUCGCAGCAAAUGGCCUGCCAUCUGCUGGUGGAUCCUCCGCCAGGAAAACCAGCCCGGAAGCCAUCCACAGACGAUAUCACCGAGUGUCUGCGGGAUAAACCACUGGAAGCACUGAUGGGUGUAAGACUGACCGCCGUACGGUUCAUGCCUUCCUGGGGACCAUUUCUUCCGCUGGAAGAUUCGCUUGAUCCUGAGUUCGCAAUGGAACACUCGGGCGAGGGCUUCAUCACCAGUGAACUGAUGCUCGGUAUGACCACAACCGAGAGUUACAACGACUUCAGCGCAGCCGAUAUUCAGUACGGUCUGGAAGAGGAGCAACGAAAUCGACUUCUGCGAACCUACAUCAGAAAUGCGUUUACCUUCCACCUGAACGAGAUCUUCUCGGCCGUGCGGAACGAGUACACCGACUGGGACAAGCCGAUCCAGCACCCAAUCAACAUCAGGGAUUCAACGAUGGAAGCGCUGAGUGACGGUCACACGGUGGCACCACUGAUCAAGGUGGCCUAUCUGCACGCCCGGCGAGGUGCCAAAACGUACAUGUUUCACUUUGGCUACCAGAGCAAGGAAAGCGAAUACCCGCAGGUAGGAGACAGAUUUUUUGACACAUUCGAACAAUUUCAUCAAAUCACAACGAUUUCAUUUGUCACCCUGACUGUCACGCAGCGCCUGGGCAGCGUCCGCGGUGAGGAUCUGCCCUACAUUCUCGGUCUUCCGCUGGUGCAAGGGGUUCCCUCGUUUCCGCAGAACUACUCCCGCCAGGAUAUGGGAGUGAACGAAGCCGUGCUAAAUUUCGUCAGCAACUUCUGCAAAACCGGCGAUCCGAACGAGGCAGGCCAUCAAGCACCGUUGCUGCAUCCGGACUACGGGACUGCGAAAGAGCGCACUCGCUUCCGGGGCAUCACGUGGGAUACCUUCGAGACGACCACGCAGCAGUAUCUGAGCAUAUCAACCAAACCGAAGAUGCGUAGUCACUAUCGAGGUCACAAGAUGGCACUCUGGCUGAAUCUGAUCCCGCAGCUGCACCGCCCCGGGGAUCCGGAGGUUUCGAUGCGACAUCAUCACUUCCGCGAGCGGGACCCGCACUACUAUGCUGGCUCUGUCCGGGCCGAGUCAUUUAGUCGGCCACGAAUGUAUGGCAACGGAAUUAUUAACGAUGCUCAGGAAUCGAGGCUCGAGUCGUUUGGAACGGAGUGCACCCCGGAUCCGACGAUGGGCGAGGUGCUGCAGGAGGGAAGUCCUGACGGUGGGCUGCUCAGCGAGGAAGAAGAAGAGGAGCUGCUGGAGAAACUGGCGAACCGGCAUUACUACAGCUACACUGCCGCUCUGGGAGUGACAGUCGGAGUAGGCUGUCUUCUGUUGCUGCUAAAUAUGCUCAUCUUUGCCGGAAUCUACUAUCAACGUGAUCGCUCUCGUCGGCGGAAGUCCCAGACGAGUAGUGGUUCCGGUUCCGGAAGUGGAUCUCGCAACAAUGGAAGCCCCAGUCCGGACGAGGCAGAUAUUCCAUUGACGACAAUACCGAGCCCGUCUCCGAGCAAAGCCAAACGAAGCCAUGAACCACCUCCUAGCUAUGCAACGCUUCCGAAACGGAAUUCGGGCAACAAUCAUCAGCAUCACCUCCAUCAGCAGCAGCAGCAGCAGACGCCGCCGGGCACAAAGGAUACCAACUUGAUGACAGCUACCCUGGGACGGACCGGAAGUUUCUCGCACAAACAACAGAACAUUCUGCCGGAGACGUUCGCCUCGCAGCAGCACACGGCGCUGACAAUAACAUCAAACGAACCGACACGUCACCCUCACCAGCACCCGAGUGGCGUCGCGGACGCAAUUCACCACCACCAUCACCAGAGCCUACCGCGAUCCGUCAAAUCCGCACCACUCCCGCCGAUCCGGUCGUCUAGUAACAAUGCGUCCUCGCCCUCACCGGUUCCAGGUUCACCGCAAGUGGCAGCAAUUUCUUCUUCCACUUCUCCAACCCCGCCAUCAUCGAUGCUUCUGUCGGCAGCGGGCACCCAAACGGGAACUCCGUUGACUUCGAUUCUUGUAAAUAGUAACAAUCAUCAGCAUCAUCACCACCAGCACCGUCUGCCGCAGCAGCAUAUGGCCGGGGGAAGUGGUAACAGCAACAGUAACAUAAUCACGGUAGAUUUGGUGAGCUCCACAAAUCCGAAACACAGCGGAGGUGGCGGUGGCAGUUCUUGCAGUCCCCAUAGUACCCAUUUUAUCGGUAGUGCUAGUUUAGGUAAUAAUAGUAGUAACACUCACCAUCAUCACCAUCACCUGCAUCACCAUGCGAGUGGUGGUGGUGCUGGUGCCGCUGGUGGAACAGUUGGUGGUGGUUCGGUUGGCUCCGGUGGUAGCGGGAAUCUCGUAGGAUCCAUGGCAAACCAGAACCAACCGUCAACGUCAACAUCGGUGGGGAUGAAUCCCGGUCCCGGUAGUAGUUCGACACUGAAGAAACGUGUUCAGAUCCAGGAGGUGACAGUAUAGCACCGGUACAGCACAGCUGACGAUGACCAGGAAGCUGUGUGAAGACCGAAAACUAUGAGGGUGCGCUUUAGGUUUGACAGAAACGGGUGGUAGUGCGUCGACUGUAUGUAAAUAAUUGUCCUUUUGAGCAGUUCAAAUUGCAAAUUGGUGAGUUGGUGAAAUCUCAUGAACAAAUUAAACAAGUGGUACGGUCUGUGGCAGCUCAUGGGAAUCAGUGUCUGGAUUUUGAAGUACUCGUCAAUAAAGAAACAAUCAAUAAAGAAACGACCAACGAACGGAUUCGACGGUUCAUAUUUGGUCAGUUCAUUAAGAACCAGAAAUCAGAUGGUUUGAAUAAGGAAUUUCAUACAAAAAAAUGAAUCAUCCAACCAUCCACCUGUAACCAAACCUGAUUUACAACCAGUCAUUUUUCAUUUCUCACCUAAUUCUAUUUACUCUUUUUGCACAGAACCAAUUCAUACUAAUCAGCUCAUCAUCAACCUUUUUCAUUUAUCAUUUUAACCGACACAGAUUCUCGGCACCUGAUGCCCAAUAAGUCUAUAAAUAGUUAUUAUCUUUCCCAUCAAUCGGUACUUUUUGCUGCAAACGGCAUCAAUCUCUACAUAAUCCGGUUAGUUUUUUCCCCCUUCAUCCCCCUCCUGCGGGGGGGAAACGAAGCUAUUCAGGUGGAAAAUCGGUUUACUGGAGAAAUCAAACAUUAGUUAGCACAGCUCCCUUUCAAUGAGCUACCUACCAACAUACUGGAACUGGUGUGUUUGUGUAAUCAUCCGGACUCUGAGCUGCUGCUGCCCCACUCGUCCUCCGCAAGUACAUAUCAAUAUUUUCAAAUACCGAACGUGCGGCGAUGUGCAAUGAAUGUGUAAUUGAAAACCAGACGUAAUUAGGUUGUUGAUAUCGAUUGAUACCUACUACAGUAGAGGUAAGCUCUUGACGGAGCUGGAAAACCGAAACAGAGCCUUCAUCGGAAAGAAUCAAUCGGAUUGAGCUUCGUUGAUCCAAUUUGCUCGAAACGGACUCAGUGUCUCCGGCUUGGAAAAUUCCCUGUCCCGAUGACUAGCAAGAUAUUUAAUUGAAUUUAAUUCGCCUUUGAUAAAGUUGGUUGUAUCAACAGUGUCGAAUUUUACAAAUACCAGAAAAGCAAACAAAGUUCGUUUAUUUUUCGAAUCGAAGCUCUUGAGCGGACCAAUAAGACCGAUUUUUGCGAGUGGAAGGAAUUGGCCACAAACUUGGACUAUCCUUUGUGGAUUUUGCAUAGGAUCGAAAUGUAAAUUUUUGCUCACCCUUUGAACUUUCUACGAUAACCCGCUGUGAUUUGUUCGAGUGAUUUCUGGUAUAUCGGAGGCGUAAGCCCACAUCGGUUAGGGUGAAUGGGAUUGGUUGGCAGGCAGGACCAACACUCACCAUCAAAUUGGUAAACUGGUGAACGGAGUACGUGCCGAUGAAGUGAAGAUGUUUCUGAGCCAACAGUUUUCGUUUGAUGGAACAUGUAAACAUGUUCUGGAAAUUGGCCACAUCGAUAGUCAAUAUGGUUAUUUCUUAUUUCCGCAUCAUAAAAUGCUGAAAUUAAAACUCAAUUUAAAUUCAAUUUUUGUGUUUUGUUCAACCUUCUGACAAGUGAAAUAUUUCAAGCAAAUUAAAGUAAAUUUUCAUCGAAACGAAAAUCUUUUUUGGUGUAAUAAACAAUUUGUAUUAUUAAAAUUAAAGAUGACCAUUUUCUGUGGAAUCUUCCAUAUUGAACAUUCCUAGUUCUCCAUACAAACUAUAGUUUUAAACUGUGAAGCCUCGUUGGAAAGUUUUUCACAAAAAUAUCUUCAUCAAGGCGCAAACUAACUGACAUAAUACUAUGAGGAAAUUUUUCUAAAAAUAUUGAUUCGCUUAUUUUCUCAAAACACUAGCUCCACCUUUUAUACACGGUUCAUUUGCUAGAGUGUUCCUUUUCAGGCUUAGGAACAAUUUUUCUUUAGUGGUCUAUCCCCCGCAUGUUUGUUCAUAUAUCAGUGACGCCAUAUUCGCAAAUGCGGCCACUGUCCCAAUUACAAAUAUAUUUAAAAUAACCGUUAAAGCGAACGAAGCCUUGUUUUCGAGUAUUAUGUCUGUUAUUCUGUGAUCAAGGGUUACUAGGAACUCUAAACUUUGCGUAAGUUUUGGUUUUGUGUUGAAGCGCACUCCAGUGUUGACUCUAAUACUUUUUCUCGAAGUCUUACAUGGUUCCAUUUGAUUCUGUUACUGGUAGGGGAACGCGGGGCAAGUCUGACACCUUAAGCGCAAUAAUUUUUCUAAAAUUCCGCAAAGCUCCUAAAAUUGUAUAUUCUAUGCAUAAUCCUUGUUUAGGUGGUUCUUAACAAAAUAUAAUUUUUUCAGCUUUUCCAAAAAUUGGAUUCAUUAAAAAUUAUUGGUUGCCAAAAAAUGGAGAAAAAUGACAUUUUAAAAACGCUGCAGUUAAGGCCGACACCCGAAAGGGCCAAGAGCGACCCCCUUUCGAACUUUCUUUUUGUCCAAUUUGUUCCAUUAAAAUGUAUUGUGUAUGUGUGAUAAAGUGCAAUUAUGUAUAUGUAUAUGAGUAUGUGUGAUGCAAACGCAUGCUUUCUGUAGUUUCAUCGCGUAGCAAGAGGAAGAGCAUUCGAAUGGUGUUAUGAAUAAAUAAUGUUUAACGCAUGGUUUAUAUUAUGGUACGGGUUUUCUCAAGUAAGUCUUUCGAGCUUUAUUGCCACUUGUAUAGCCAUUCUAACGGGAAAGAGCUGUUCUGCAAGCAGAUUGUAUACGCUGUAACUAGGACUCAUUCACUUAGAAGUGACGCACGCUUCGUAGUAAGCUAUCCGGUUCGUGUUGUGAUUUUUCCAGAGGGGGAACAACUUGACAGCUCCUAUACAAAUCGUUGGAACCACUUUUUUUGGGUCUGUGGGUCCAAAAUGGCAGUUCAAUUUUUAUUCAAGAGCAAUUUCUAAAAAAAAAGCAUAAACUUGUUCACAGCGAAAAUUUUCUUGUUCAGAUUUUUUUACUUUGGAUAAUUCAUUUUUGAAGACUUUUUGGGGGUUUAGUGUUGUUUUGUUAUAAAAAUAAUGCAUCUUUAUUCCGAUGCAUUAUUUUUAAAUGAUUCAUGAUUUUUUGGAAUCAUCAGCAUACAAACCAGCGGCGCUUAUACUAGUUAGCACUGAGAACUGACAUACAAGUAAAGUUUUCGACUUGUGUAAAAAAUUAAACUGUUGCUUUGAAAUGCCAACAGCAAGUAGCAACUUUCCACUGGUCAGCGCUUCGAUCGGCCAGCAAUCGCUAUACGGGACUUGUAUGCAAACUUGGAUAUAAUGGUGUCUCAUGCAUGCAAAACUGUAUGCGAUGGUGAUUUUCAACGAAUUUUCAUUUAAAUGUUUACACUACUUUUUCGGGAAAGUUUGUUCUAGCUUAUAUGUCUGUUCUCUGUGUAGUUAGUGAGCACCUUCAUUUAGUCUUAAGGUAUUAGGUAGUAAUAUGUGUAUUGCAAUGCAAACAACAUACACAAAGGUACUGGACUAUUUUUCUUCCUCUCCGAUAAAAAUGAGCUGUCAUCACUUCUGAAUUUCGUGGAAACCUUUGCACCGUAAAUGUCGCAGCGCCUAUCAGUUAGAUGCUAUGCUGUCAGAAAAAAACAAUCGAAGUCAAUCCCGCCUUGUUAAAUGAGAAGUGAAAAAUUAUAAUCACAAUACUAAAUGUAUUUAAGGAUUAACGACAAACUUUCGAAAAUUGUCAUAUGCGAAAGAUGUUUCAAGGGCGACGGGAGAAGAAAAAGUUCACACUAGAAGCGUACCCAAAUCAAAUCAUGCAUUUUACAUUCGGCACAAUUUGUAAUCCUUUUAUGAAACUCCAAAAUUACGAAGUAACUUGUUUGUAUUUAUAUUAAAUUAUUACGCUGUUUUGAAAUGAUCAUCUUGAUUACCUCUCCCGAAUGUAAAUAAAGAAAACAAGUUCGUAAAAGACGUCACGGAAUUAUUUUCUCGCAUAGAAAUUUACAGUUUCACAAUUAGUGGACGGCGUUCUAUGGUGGCGACAUCAUUCGAAACAUGGUGGUUUCAAGCAACUUAGGCUAAACGUCAAGUUGCGGGAGGGUUGGAUAUUUCGGAAUACUGUUGAUCAACAAUCUGACGGUCAAUGGAAAUUUUUCAUCAAUAUCAUUUCAAAAUCUCAUUUUAAAUUAUACUUUUCAUUUCCUUUUGAAGUAUUGUUAUGAAUCACGUUCAAUUUAAUUCUUAAUUUUUUUGGUCGGCUUGAGACAAUACUGAUAAAUAAAUGCAAAAAAACAUAGUUUUCAUGUAUUUCAAUUAUUAACAUGAAGUUAUUAUAGUAUAAUCGAACACAACAAAUAUUCUGAGUCGUUUGUAUCGAAUCAAAAACGAACCCAAUCAUCUAAACACCAUGUCGGUCUUACCCCAAGAGCGAACAUUUUUGUUAAAUGCUCAAUUAACAGUAUUGAAAUACUCAAACUUAUCUUCAAUACACACAAAUAACAAUAUGGAGAGUAGAAUAGAAUAUGUGAAAAAAAAAAAACAUAAUCGGUUUUUUGCUUCAUCACUAAAAAUGAGACUCACUUGUUGAUGAAGUUCAAACCCAUCACUGAUCGAAAGAAAAUAACGAUCAUAGAGGGACAGAAAUAAAAUCUCAAUCACGCAUCGAUUGUGACAUGAUCGUUGUUUAAGCGCAACAAAAUCUUGACUCGAGUGCCCCAUUUGUCGCCAUACCAUUUGACCCAAAGCAUUGAACAAGAAUGGCAGACGCUGCUCUAACCAACGGCUUCAAAUGGGUAGGAUGAUAAUAGAAACAUGACGAAAAUAGGUUCAUCAUGGGGAGUGGGCGUAGCGUAGUUGGUAAAUCGAUUGCCUUGUACGCAGCGCACCUGGGUUCGAGUCCCGACCCCGCACAUAGGGUUAGAAAUUUUUCAUAAAAGAUUUUUCUAACCCGAAGAGGCGAAUGACCUUAAGGUUAAAAAAUUUAUAUAAAAAAAGGUUCAUCACUCUUUAAGAUACAAUUUUUGAGCAUCCGAUGUGGUAGAGCUGAUCCCCAUGGUGAUACAAUUUAAUGUUGUUGAGAUGUUCGAUAGUUGAUGAAAAUCGAUAUUUGGCAUUGUUUUAAAAUUUAAGAUGGCGACUUCUGGUUAAGCAAAAUUCUCCAUAACCCUAUCUAUAUGGGUAUUUUCAGAAUGGAGCUGACGAGUACACGAUGAUGAUCGAUGCGCCAUUUUGAAAUUCAAGAUGGCGAAUUCCGUCUAAGCAAAAUCCCUCCAUAAUUACUAAUAAUAUGGGUAUUUUCGGAAUGGGGUUGAUAAGUAGACCACAAAAAUCGACGCUUGACACGUUUUGUGAAAUUUAAAGUGGCAAUUUUCGGAGUGAAAAUAAUUCUCCAUAACCCUGUCAAAAUGGGUAUUUUUGGAAAGGGGUUGACGAGUAGAUGAUGAAAAUCGAUAUUUGCCUUCAUUUUGAAAUUUAAGAUGGCGACUUCCGGUUAAGAAAAAUGUCCUUCUAAUAUGGGUAAUUUCCAAACAAGAUUUAAGAGUACACUAAGCAAAUCGAUGCCGUGAGCCAUUUCAAAACUCAAGAAUUCGACUUCAGGUUAGGAAAAAUACCCGACCAAUUUGUAUCAUCCCCAUGGUGUAUUUCGUGCAUGCAAAAUGAGGACAUACUUUCUUGUCUCUAUCUGCAAUAAACCGAAGCUGUUAUGAUAUCCUGCUCUAGUCCCUAGUCUCAGUAGGAUUGUAGAUCAUUUUUUUCAAACGGGAAAUACUAUCGUUAAUUAAAGUGGCGAAUGCCACUAGAAUAAAUUGGGUUGUAUGAUUUUACUGAAUCAGAAGUCACCAUUCCCAAUACUAAAAUUCCAUUCAGUCAUCUGCUCGUUAUCCUGAAACCGAAAAUACUAAAUGUUGUUAGGAUAAUCUAGAAUUUUUGUCGGCCAGUAGUCGUCAUUUUGAAUGUUAAAACUACGCCACGCGUCGAAUUUCUUUAUCUGCUUGUCGACCCAUUUCAUUUUUAUAUGGUUAUUAACCAUUUUGCUUCACUGGGAGUCGUCAUUUUCCUUAACCAAGCAUGGAUUUCCGCGGUACAUUUGGUCGGUGUUGAGUCAGACCGGACUAAGUGACAAUAUAUUGAUUUCGAGAAAAAACGAGUUUAAAGUUUGAAUCGCAGCAUACUUUACAUUAUAGAUGGAAAUUAAUUUUUUCCAUAAUUCUUGUUUAUUCUUAUAUAUUUCAAACCUGGCAAAAGUCGAAUGUACCUGAAGAAGUUCUUUAUCCAGUGCUAUCAUUAUCUCAUUUUUUGAUGUUUUGCGACUUAGUCCAGUCUGACUUAACACCGACCAUUUGUCAAACCCAUUCCUAGAUACACAAACAAAUCUGAUCAUUAAUUCAUGAAAAAGAGAUCACGAUUUCGUGAACUGAACGAUUUACGAAAAUCGUGACCAAGUUCCCGAUAUUAUGAAUAGUAGACCUCGUACUCAUGAAACUAUUUGCGUUUCCAAAAAAACUAGUUCGUGUCGACUAUAUCAUGGGCUUACAUUUGCAUGGUUGGUAAGGUUACUCUGAUUGUUCCCUGGAAAUGUUUAGUUUUUGUUGUGAUCCUUGUUCACAAUUUUGGAAUACACAGCCGACAGUUAAACGGUGUUCAUAAUAGCAGGAGCUUAUUCGUGAUUUCUCAUCAAGUUAUCGUGAUAACUUAUUCAUGAGUUUACUAUCGGAUUUUUCUGUCAGUGUAGUGUGAUUUAUGUUCAUGACUGCAGAAUCUUAAUCGCGAAAAUCUUGUGAAAUAGCUCACGUGGAAGUUUCAUGACCAUGUUCCAUAAAAGCUUAUAAGUGAUAAGAGAUAUCUUCUAAAUAUCACAAGCACACAAGAUAGAUCGUAAGUCAAAUACUAGGAGUCAUUAACUGGUUCACGAAUCCAUGAAUAAUAUUUCAUGAUUUUGUGAAUUAUUUCUAACUGUUUGGAUCGUGACUAAUAUAUUAGGAAUCAUGAAUUAGUUCACGAUGAUUGAAUGGAUUCAUGAAUGAAGUUCUGAGUCUCAUGAAAUAGUUUACGAGAAAGUCACAGUCAAAAUAGUUCACGAGACCCUUUUGAUUUUAUGAACUAAUGUUCCUAAAUCUAUAUAUAACAUCAUAAGUCAACCUUUGGUUCUACGAAUAAUGUCCAGGAUGUUGUGCACUAAUUCAUGUGGAGAAAAUCGAUUUGGUUAUGACAUUUGGCGGAGACCGUGACCUAACCUCACAAAUAUUUCCACUAACAAAAACGUUACAGAAGAUAAUUUGAACAUAAUUAUGAAAUACAUGAUUUUUGUUCCUGGUCUUGUUUUCGUAACGUAAAAACGUGGUUGGUACAAAUUACUUUUUUUCCUUAGAGCUAUAAUGUUAGGGUUAUGGAUGCUUUUUUAAUUUUUUUUUAAUUUAAAAAUUCAAUUUAAAGGGUUAUUGAGUAUUUUUCUUAACCGGAAAUUGCCAUAUAGUGGAACAAAUGAAAAUUUUCAUCAAAAAUGAACACUCACCAUCAAAUUAAUCCCGAUGGCAAUAUAAAUAAUACUAGCAAAUAAAAAUAUCAGGAUACAAAAAACCUAAGACAACAAUAAUAAAUUCAAACCCCGGACCCUGCCCAGAAGAGUUCUGAAAUAUUGACAUCCCCAUGUGGGCCUGAAAGAGGAACGACAUGAAAUUCACACUCGCCGUGCUGAAGUGUAUGCUUCAAUUUCUUGCCUCGUCGUUCAAUCGUUCGGUGCAGCGCAUUCAUUCAGUUAUUUUCGGUUCAAAUUCACUUUCACUGCAUUUUGUAUCCACGCUGGCUCCGAGUGGGACUAUCGAGCAAAUAUACAUCAGGCAUAGUUUAGCUAUGCACGAAAAUGUUCACCUUCUACCUCCAACUUGCCAAUAUAUAACAAAUGAAUACUUUAGUUGCUGAAUGAAAUCAAAAUUUUUCAGCUUGGAAGUGAAUGAGUGAGGAAGCUGGUUUCGGUGAAUUCAAAUUGACAAUUCUAAAUUUUAAAUUUCGCACCACUUCCCAUCAAAUCACAAACAAAAAAAUUGCAACAACUUGUUAUACAAAUGUAGAAGAACUGCGUGGUCGGCUUCCUGGUGCAUUAGUGGACGACAAUGGGUGCUAAAACAAAAUGAUGAACUCCCAAUCGAAGAUUAAUGAAUUGUUACUGUCGUUCCAACUUGCCCCUCUGUAUGCAGUUCCAUUUGCCCCAAGGGGUGUCAAAAUACGGGGUAUGAUGAAACGCUAAAAAUUCAAGGUGAACAAUUGUUUCUCAGCACACAUUUCAUAAUCAUUACGUUUGAUAUAGUUUUGGGCAGCUCAGAUAUCAAUUUGAGAGGCACCGAAUCGAUGGAAUAUUUAAGUACUACAGAUCUGCAUAUACUUAAUGUAGAAAAUCGCCCAACAACUGUAAGAGCUGGCAGAGAAGAGGUAUUAGAUGUAACUCUUUGCUCUGACAGUAUUAUGCAUAAGUUGGCAAACUGACCCGUACCCAACCGUCAAUGUCUGAUCUUAAGUAUAUCGUGUUUGAUCACGUCUCGCUAGAUUUCGUCACAUAUCGUAAUCCCAAAUCGACGAACUGGUACCUCUGGGAAGAAAUCGAAAGACAUGCAUCUCAAUUCCAUUGGAACUGCUAAUGGUGAAUACUCGUCCGACGAAGAUGUAGUACUCAACUGUCUUUUUGACACACACACACUUUCCAGGCUGUACAGAACCAUCACCGACGACUGUCCCUGAGAAUAGAUCGAAUGAGCGAUUAAUAGUUUUGCUCCGCAUAAGUCUACGGGAAAAGAUGGAAUCAUUCAAGCUCUAUUUUAAAGAGGAUAUGAAUACUUCAAGCAUAUUUUGAAAAAAGUUCUUACCUGCAGUCUUGCAACACAUAUUAGCGUGGCGGGAAAUAAUUGUGAAAUUCAUGCCCAAAGGUGACCGCGUUACAAAGAGCUUUAAACUACCCUGUUACACGAUGUUGACUACAACAUUGCAAAAGCUUUUCCGCAAAAGUAAUCAAGCUUAGGAGUUUUUCUUGAUACUGAGGUUGCUUUUGACAACGUGUCUUUCGAAUUCAAUCAAAUGUGUUGGGUAGCAGCUGCGGUUAUGUGUGAUCUCGCUUUAGAGGCAGGGUACGUUCAUUAUCGCCAAUGCGGCAAUCAUGUGUUCCUUCUGGGACGUCAUCAUAUCGCAGGGAUAGCAUAAGGGUUUGCGCGUUGGAGCGGAAUCCCAAGGGUUGCAGAUUCGCAUCCUGCAUCUCUGGGAUUUUUUUCACAUAAUUGCUUUCGCCUAACUCAGCAUUUCGAUCUGCUUUCCCCAUUAGAUACCACCAAAAAGUGUUAAAUAAGAUACUUACGCCAAAAACAAAAUAAAUGAAUUAUUUACUUAUUGCCUUACAUUCUUUUGAAGGAAAAACUGUAUAUACAAAAAGUAACCAAUUAUAGUAGUAAAGUAUUUUUGUGUACUGGUUUGGCAUGUGUCAAAUUCAUAAUUAUCUCCUAGAUAAAUCGUUCAGUUCACACCUUUGUUAAGACCAUCAUCAUCAUAAAGUUUGUCGAUUAAUAUAGCACUUAAAAUCGGACGCGACUAUAUUUAAACUCGGUAUCAUAUGAUUGCUGUUUAUAUUUCACUAAUUUCGGUACCAUACUGUAGUAAAUAAGCCACUAGAACAAACCUGAACAACCGAAAAAGACAGAAACAUAUAACAGCUUACAAGUAAAAUAGAAGGUUUGUUCCAGUAAACGCUUCUUACUGCGGAAUACUUCCAGUUUCUCCUGGUAUUGGAACAAACUUAUAGUAAAAGAACGAUAAACAUUCACUGAACCAAACUUUGGCUUGACAGCUAUUUCUGGCGAAAUAUUCCAGGCGAAACAUUUCAAAUGAGUUACACCGUAAAUACAUAGUAGACAGUUUCACAGCGGAAGAAAGGUAUGAAAGUUUAAAAAAACGUAUAAUUCGGAACGCAGUGUUUAACGCAAGAUUUACCGGAAGACUCAAAGACUGAAAGUUUGAGCGCAAGUCAAUAGAGCGUCAUUCAGUUAUCGACAUUUGCCGAGAACAGUUGCGUUUUGCUCGCGUUAAAAAAAUAAUUUAAUAGCAUGUUUCAUUUCGUCUCGAAAUGCUGGAAUACGAGAUAUACCACUGAAUACUGAAGCCAUUUUGAAUUUCAAGAUUGUGGUUGUCCUCAGCAAUAUCGUUAAAGGGAUUUUAGGAAUGAAAUAAAUAUACAGCUGCUAUAAAUAUAAUAAUAUUAUGGUUAUAGUGUAUUUUGUUUAACCGAAAAUCACUAUCUUGGCCUUCAAAAUGGCGUCACCCAUCACGUCGCAAAGUGGUCGGAGACCGGAAAAAACUUAUGAUUCAAAUAUUGAUAUUUUUUCCUAGGUUUCUUAUGUACUGAAUGACAUAUUCUCCAAAUUUUGUGACCACCGAAUGAGAAUUUUUCAUAGCAAUUAAAACGACGCUGUGUUAGACAAUUCUUAUGAAAUACAUUUUUGAAAUCACAGUAUCUAUUUUCACUUCAAAACCAUGUAACUCUUUCAAUUUUCAUCCGAUUAAAGCACAACUAAUUUCAUGUUAAAUGGCAUUUAAAGAAUUCUGUUGAUCAUUUGAACAUGUUCGCCAAAUUUUAUUCGAGCUAUAUUUUAUUUUUUCAAAUAUAUCUUAUGUGUGUCCAUAGCAAAUUCAUUUUUCAUAUAUGUAUUCUGCACAAUAAGGUGAAACAGUCCGGAACGGUCACUUAUUAUACAUUCUAUGGGAAAUCAUCUAUACUUUUCGAUUUUCAAGGUCUCGUUUUGCUCCUUUUUGCCCGGAGGGGUUUAAAAUCGACAUUUUUAAAUGUUUGCUGAUAUGGAGGAGCAAAAUAGCAACUGAAUAGAACGCAAACAAACACUUUAUGUAGAGAUUGAAAGUAGUUUUACCCAAUUAUUAUGUUAUUGAUACAGCUAAUCAGUAAAAAAUAACACUGUAUGGGAAAAUUUAUCUCAUUUUUUAUAACUUUUGACAUUCAAAACGAACUCACUACCCCAAAAUUACCUCAACAUGCAAUUUUCAGCCAUAUUGCGCAACAUUUUAGUUUUGUCCGGCUUUUGUUUGAAGACCACUGUGCGUCGUAUACUCGUAAAACACAUUUCGACAAUACCUUUAUGGUUAGGGUUAUACAGAGUUUCGCUUAACCGGAAGUCGCCACUCCGGUUUUUAAAAUAAACUACCAUUUCCAUGAUGUGCUUAUCAAGCCCGCUCCAAAUAUAUCCUAUUAAGGUUAUCAAGAAUAUUGCUUAAACAUAAGUCGCCAUAUUACAUUUUAUAAGUGUUCCAAACAUCGAUUUUCAUCAUCUACUCGUCAAGCCCGCUUCAAAAAUACCCAUUUUGCUAGGUUUAUCCAGAAUAUUGCUCAACCGGAGGUCGCCAUAUUGGGUUUAAAGAAGGUUUCAAAUUACCUUUUUCAACAUCUAGUUGUCAAACCCGUUCCAAAAAUACCUAUAUUGCUUGGGUUAUCGUGAAUAUUUCUUAACCGGAAGUCGCAAUCUUGGAUUUCAAAAUGGUUCCAAAUAUCGAUUUUAAUCAUCUACUUGUCAAUCCGGCUGCGAAAAUACUCAUAUUGUUAGAGUUAUCGAGAAUAUUGCGCGACCGGAAGUCGCCAUCUUGAAUUUUGAAAUGGUGCCAAACAUCCAUUUUCAUCAUCCACUCGCCAUGCUCAGUGCAUGGGACAUUAACAGACAUCUUAACUAUUGACGAGCAUUUUCUCAUUCAAUAAUCGUUCAACUCCGUAGAAAAUUAGUCAAUACACGUUUAAAAUUUAACACGACUAUAUUUAAACUCAGUAUCACAUGCUUCCUGUCUAUAUGUUCACUAAUUUCGUUACCAUACAACUAUUCAUUUGUUUUUUUUUUUUCAAUUUGCUAACGGAAUUCACAUAUUGCAAUCUGAUUCUCAUAGGUACAAAACACUGUCUGAGCGUCUCUAUCUGCGUGUCCCAUUGUAUUAAGAGAACCAAAUUUCAUACAUCAAUCCUUGAGCUUUCCAACCAACAAGAACGGCGGAGACUACCACUUACACUGUUAAACGAUCGCGCAAGUUGAGUAAACAAAAAAAAAAAUGUAUAUAUGUCUGUAGUAGAAAGCUAGUUCAACUGUAAAUAAUUGACAGAAAAAGGUGAAACCAUGUUUGUUUAAAAACUGUUAUUUAUCUGAAGAAAAUAUUUAGAGAAAACACAAAGCAACCUGCUAAGAAUGAUUAUGGUGAUGAAUAUGACGAUGAAAUGUAAUCAAGGAAUUGAGCAAAGCUACAAGCAUUUAAAGGAAUCCAUAACGAGUAGGUACAGAAACGUUUUAGCUAAUCCUUACGAUAAGGUCAAGAAAUAAAUAGUUUAGCAAUUGUCUCCUGAAAGUAGAUUAGGUAUAGAAACACCCGACAAAUGUCUGUAAAUAUUGCGUAGAAGAUAGAAGUCCGACUCAUCUGCUUUAAACUGAACGGGAAAAAAGUGUCAAUCUAACAUAAAACGAGGACAAGAGCAACCUGUGUCGGUUGUAUGAGCGGUUCAAAUGAACAGAUUCAGUUAACAAUGUAACGUCCCAAGUUAGAAAAGCUGUUAUAAAAAGAUCCACUUCGUGUAAAUCUCCCCUCCCGGAUCUACCCGCUGGUGGAAGGGACGCCCGGAAGAAGAUUUGUUUGGUUAUAUCCAUGGCGUAAAAAAGACUCUUUAUAUGGGAUUGUCAAAUAGAAAUAUACUCGCACUCAAACUCACACAGAAAGUAGGCGGGUGUCGGUGUCGUAUAGGGUGAUGUGACAACAAAAUAAACGAAACGCGCCAAGUGCCGUUCAAGCAUGAGGGUGAAUUGAAUUUUAUCAGAAGGAAGUGAAUGCAGCAGGAGAUGAAGGAAAAAAACGCAAAAUCAUUAAACAAAUUGUCCAACACAAGGAAAAUUGUAGCAAACUUUUAUAACCACACAAGGCCAUAAAAAUCUCGCAAGUCGUAAGCCUGCUCAUAAGUCAGUCAAGCAAAAAAGUCUGUCAGGAACGGCAGUAAAAAAACAAACAAACAAAACUGUAAUGACUCUAAAUUUUGCCAAUAAAACCACUCGAAUGGCGAAAUAAAUGUUUGAAACUUUA